AUGAAAACGAUGGUUGGUCUUCAACUACAACAGAAUCAGGUCCCGAAAACCUCGCCGGCCGUGCUGGCCUUGAAGGCUAUCAACGAAGCGCUACAACAGAAGGUGGUGUCGCCGCAGACCGUCGCCCACGCCAACUCGCCCCAAAUCCAGAACAACGAGGUGAUUCAGCAGUCGAUUCAGAAGGCGGAACAGCUCAAAAACAAUCUGGUCGAGGCGUUGAAACAGGUAAGGGAGUCGACUUGGGAUGAUGGAUUGGUGGUUUGUUUGAAUGAAGGUUGAGGAAUAGGUAUUGUAAUGGAAGGAGGAUAGGCGUUUUAAUGAAGCAGAGUAGAUAUUGUAAUGGAAGUAGAGUGAAAAAAGAGUUUUGUUUUGGUAGUUUGUUACUUAAAAUGAAGGUAUUAUAAGGGAAAGGUCUUGGCAAGUUGUUUUAGGUUAGAAAAGCCGAGAAAUGGCAAGUGUAGGUAAUAAAACCUUAAAAACUGCGAUUUUAGUUAACAAAAAGUCAAGAACUUGAUAGUUUAGGUAACAAAAAACAACAAAAUAUUAAUUUGAGAUAAAGGCAGGCCCAGCAUAUCAAAAAACAUCCCCUUUCCCGACCUAAAACCUCUGUAAAAACAUGUUGAGCAAGCCAACAAUCAUGAACAUGUUGUUGUACUUGAUGGAAGAUCCGCAAAAACCGAGCAGUAAUUAUGCAAUGACGUGCGGAACCCAUCAGAACAACACAUUUCUGAUUUUUUGAAAAAUUUUUAAACGAAAAAAUUAAUGGAUCUUCGGCUGAAAAAUUGAAAAAAAGUGCACAGGGGAGACCAAGCUGUUUUUUUUCGAAAUAAAAAAAUUUUUUUUUUAUUUAAAUUUACCUUGUUGUGCUUGGGAUUGGCUUUUAAUUGGCACAGAGUAAACAAUUCAAGCAUUGUUUUUUAAGUUUAGGUAACAAAAAGUUCUAACUUUAAGAUUAGGUAACAAAAAAUUUUACUUGUAAGGUUAGGUAACAAAAUUCAAAAUUUUCAAAAUAACACCAACGUUUACAGGACAACCUGGCCGAGAUCCGCGUGACAAUCCAGGAAAUCGAUCGUGCCCACUUGUGCAAGGAUGCGCUUGAGGUAUUUCCCUAAAUUUCCGGUCCACUAACGCGUAGACGCCGCCUCGAGCGGCGCUUUUCUUUUAAGAUUUCUCGAAUCGGUGCAGUCGUGAACGGUCUUCGCAAGAGCAUCGCCGACACGAACCCCGACCUCGCCAAACAGUGCCGACAGUUGAUCAAGAGCUGGCGUUCUAACGUGACCGAAGCCUCGAGACCGGCCAGUUCGUGUGGGUCCUCGACCUCGGGUACGCCGGGAUUGGUUUCGCCGGCGAUUAGAAGAGGAAUCACGCCCAGAGGAGGACGAAAUGUGACUCCUAGUGGCACUACGCUGAAUGGAGUUGGUAAGGAUUUAAAAAUGGCUUUGGGUAUCAAAAAAUGGCAUGCAUGGUUCUCAAUAAAAAAUUGAUUUUUUUGGAUCCACAGGGGGGGAGUACGUUAAGAAAAAUUCAAAAAAAAAUUUUUUUUUUGGAAAAAAUAUUAAAUUGAGGUCUAAACUAACUAUAAUUAACCCUAUUCUUUAUAUAUUACCUAUCUAAGCCUUCAAAAAAUUUCUAAGCCUAAAAAAUCAUUUUUGAAACCUAAUCUUACACCUCUAACUAUACCUCUUUCAGAUGGCCAAGCUGCAGGAAGCUACGCGCCAGGCGUCUCACCGUCGUCUCAAAAACGUCGUGUGGACCCAUCUCCACCUCAGGCCGCCAAGAAACUGAAGCUUUCACCAAUUGCCGAAGCCCAAUCAGUGAUUGCGGCUCGUCAGAAUGUCCAAUCUACGGAACAACUGGUCGCGUCGCUUGGCAUGGACAACAUUUUGGCUAGUUUGACCAAGAAAGCUGAGGUAAGGAGAGUUGGGAUUAUGGAGAAGGAUUUGAGAAGAGCGUGGUAAAAUUUAGUGGGUGGAUUUGGAAUUAUUUAUGGGUUGAAUGCUAAAUUUUUGUGAAUUGGGGGUGUUUUUUUGAUGUUUUGAUACUUUUUGAUGGUUCAAAAUGUAAUUUUUUAAAAGCUACUAGCAGUUUGACAUUGGAAAAGGAUUUAGCAUGGUUUUUGGAUUGAGCACGGCGGUGGAUUUUAGAAAAUUUUAGAUUUUUUUCAUUUUUUAGCUUUUUAAACUGAAUUUUUAAAAAUUUUAUCAAUAUUUUUUAAAAUACAAUGUUGUUUUUCAUUAGAAAAAAUAAUUUUCCAAAACUUUCAGAGCCCUCCCGCCGCUACACCAGCUCCAGAAGCCGACAAGUCGGAGGAGAAGAAGCGCCAACGCAAAUCCAAAACCUCGACCGCUCAGCCACCGCUUCGUCUCAAAAUCAAGUUUGGUAGCCAACCCUCAAUCUCAUCUGUCAGCGAGUCCACGGAUUCGGCUGUUCACUCAGGCGUUUCAUCCUCGUCAGCUUCUCCCAAUGUUAACCAUGACAAGAAGGACGAAUCGGCCGAACCAAAAGGCACCGAAUCUCCGGAGCCAAUGGAAGUGGACUUAGAAUCCGCCACAGAAACCCCUCAAUCCGAUUUGAGUCAGAAGCCGUCGUGGUACGACAAGCUGGUCACGGUGGAAGAGCUGGAGCGUCGUGCCGAAGCUCAACAACAGUUGUUGACCAAGAACCUGAACAAAACGAAGAUCACGGAGCUCAGCGUGCUGAAACAAGGCAAACGUGAUGUGCUCGUGAUGCCCUACAUUGAUCUGGACGAACAGCCACAGGACUUGUUUGUUGGUCUGCUGGACGUGGAUUUGUUGAGUGUAAAUUAA